AUGCCUGACCCGAAUCCAAAAGAGCAUUGUAAAGCAUUAACACUAAGGAAUAAGAAGCAAUUACCUGAUCCUUAUCCGAAUUUGAAAGAAUUUAGAGAUUUUGUCGAGGAAUCUACGAAUUGGGAAGAAAAAGGGGCUGCUCGCGAAGGUGAGAUGGCGGAAAAGUUAAUGAAGGAUAAAAAUGAUGAACUACAUUUACAAAAGAUCAGAGAAAAAGGCAUGAGAAAUUUGGAGGAAAAAUCAAUAGAGGAAAAAGGAGAGGCAAUCAAGGCGUAUCAACCACGCAUUCCAUAUCCGAGCCGUCUGAGAACAGCACAAGAGGAUAAGAAUUUCUCUAAAUUUCUUGAAGUUUUUAAGAAGUUGUGCAUUGAUAUACCUUUUUCUGAUGCUAUUGCACAGAUGCCUGUAUAUGCCAAAUUUUUGAAGGAAAUUUUGUCAAAGAAGAGGUCGGUCGAUGAUGAUGAACGAGUGGCACUAAUAGGGGAGUGCAGCGCUGUUUUACAAAGAAAAUUACCCAUCAAGCAAAAAGAUCUAGGGAGCUACACAAUUCCUUGUGUUAUUGGCACUCAUGAAUUUAGUCAUGCUUUAUGUGACUUAGGUUCAAGUAUAAACUUAAUUCCGUAUUCAAUUUUCAGGGAACUGGGAGUUGGAGUGGUAAAGCCAACACGAAUGCAACUCCAAUUAGCGGACCGCUCCAUACGAACACCAUUGGGAAUUGUUGAAGAUGUUCCUGUCCAAGUUGAAGAUUUCAUCUUCCCGGUGGAUUUUGUCAUAUUAGAUAUGAAAAAAUAUCUAGACAUGCCUCUUAUUUUAGGAAGACCAUUCUUACAAACUGGGCGUGCAAUGGUGGACAUGGAUGAUGGAAAAAUCACUUUAAAGGUUGGUGAGGAGCAAGUUUCUUUUGAUGUGGCCAAGACAAUUCAAAUGCCGAAGGAUGAGAUGAUGUUUACACUUGCAACCAAAUCACAGCUAUAUAUCUAG